UAUCUUCCCAUCCGUGGUGUUUAAUGUCCCUGUUUUCCCGGGAUUUCACCUUUCUUCCCUUCCUCCUCUCCCCCCUCCCUCCCUCCUACAGCUGAAGGGAUCCAGGCCAGUGAUUGGUUGCGGCUGCAGCCUUCACACGGCUCCCAUAUGCAUGUCUAUUUCUACGUGGGUUGUUGUGCCCAUGUGCCUGCGCGUGUAUAAAUGUGUGUGUGCGCGCGUGUGUUUCUUUUAAGGUCGGAGCGUGGGCUGAGUAAAAGCGGGGGGCGGGGGGGGAUGCCUCUCAUCGCUGCGUAGUCGUCCCAUUCUCUGUGUUUCCUCUCCUCUCCUAUCUCCUCCUCCUCCUCCGCUGCCAUGGAGCCAUUGCAGGCUGAACAGCCACAACAACAUCUGAACACUGGGCCCAGCAGAUAGGUGUUUGCGUGCUGGUAUGGAGUGUGUGAGUCCUCACUGGUGGGGUCCAGUGACGGCGGUCCUGCUGUUUCACACACUCUCCUGGUCCAGAACAGGCGCCAUCGAACCCGCCCCAAAAAUCGACGGACGGCACCGGUCGACCAUCACGCUGCAGGAGAACAUCACGCACCGGUUCAAAUGCCACUCCGACGGCUGGGACCCCCACGCGCCCCCCCUGCUGACCUGGUACCUCAACGGCCGACAGCAGAACGACCCGGGCCAAGAGCACGGGCACGGCCGCCCAGCGCUGGCCCCGCCCCUGCAGGAGGGGUCGCGCGUGGUCCUGAGGCCCGUCUCGCGCUCGCAUCACAACAGCACCUUCGUCCUGCGCGCCAGGAAGUGGGACCGCGAGCUGGUGUGUACGGCGGCCAACCCGCACACAGGGGAGAGCUACAACGCCACGGUCACGCUCAACGUGCAGUUCCAGCCAGAGAUCCUAAGAGUCAAAGCUCACUACAGUGAGACCUCCGACCCUUCGGACCUCUCCCUGGUCCUCUUCGCCCUGGUACGAUCCAACCCCCCCGCCACCCUCACCUUCGUGGACCAGUCAGGCCAGAUGGUGGCCAACACCUCCGACCUCCUCGUCCUGGACGCUCGCAGCUACCCCUGGCUGGCCAAUCACACGCUGAAGGUCACACUCAGCAGCCUGUCGGGGAACGUCUCGAUGAACGCGAGCAACAGCGUGGGCACGGCCCAGAGCAACCUCACCCUAGCAGAGUUCCUGCAGUCCCGUGUGGAGGUGCCCAUGCUGGGUAUAGUCACAGGUGGGGCUAUGGCCUUCAUGGCUCUCCUCAUACUGAGCCUCAUAGUGCUUUGUCUCAUGCAAAAGAACAGCAAGGCCAUUGACGAGCCAGUGGAGAUCCUCAUGACCAAAAAGAGUCCUGCUCUUUUCACACGCAGCACCUCAGCCAUACUGAAGACGGAGAAGGUGGACAAGGCCCAUCUUCCCAGGGAGAACAUGUCCCUACCCUCCAACAUGCAGCUCAACGACCUCUGCACGUUGCGUCGUGCCCGGGAGGCGGCGCGCGAGGCCGCCAAGCGGAGGAGCCUGGGGGAGGAGAGGAGGUGGCCGGUCGGGGGGGAGGACGAUGAUCUGACCGCAGCCUACGCCGCUCGAGGUUUCUCCAGGUACCCGAUGGUGGGCUACAUCUAUAAGGUCAACAGCACAAGCAGUGAGGAGAUCUGGCUCUGACAUACGCACACCUGUAGACGCACACACAUACACGCAUACAUACACACACACAUACGCGUGCGCACACACAAACACGCAUGCGCACACACAGGCACAAGUGCAUUCACACCCACACACAUAUCCACACACACACACACACACACACACACACACACACACACACACACACACACA